UAGUUUACUUCAGAUGGCUGAGAAAACAACCAGAGGCCCGCAGGAUAUCCCUGGCUCUUCUCCUGAUGAAAAUGAAUUUCCUUUCGGAUAUCCCACUAACAUUUGUGAGGAUGUGCCUGAUCAGAAGUACCUGUGCAGCAACUGCAAUAACGUUCUGAAGAAAGCCCUGCAAACGCUCUGUGGGCAUAGAAACAAUAAAAAUGCCAUUUGCCAGAAAUGUAAAGAGGAAGAUUCCAGCACUUUAAGUGAGGGAAGCCUAUUGGCAGAAGAAAGGGAGCAUCAGAGUUUGUGUGAAUAUGCUUUAAUCCCUUGUCACACUGGUUGUGGACACAUGGUGAUGAGAAAGAAACUUGCAGAUCAUUUGGAAAAUGGAUGUGUUAAUAAUGUGACAAUGUGUCAGAAGUGUAAGCGGAGCUUAUCCAGUAGUGAAUACCAAAACUGCUCUACACCCUUAAUCAACAAGGAUAGAUGUUGUUUUUCUGAAGUCGGCUGUUCAUUCAGGGGAAGCAAAGAGAAGAUAAAGGAUCAUGAAAAAACUGCAGUUGGAGCCCACAUGCUGCUUCUGCUGCAGCACAUAAAGCAACUGGAGGCAAGCUUGUGCCCUGCUGCCAAAGCUGCAAAUGGUUCCAUCCCACAGUCAGAGCUGAAAGUGAAUGGUGCAGGAAAAUGCAUCUCUUAUCUGCAGAUCCCAGGGGGGCUGGAAGUCAAUGGGGAUCUGGAAGUAGACUGUUUUCCUGGAUCUUCUGUUUCUGAAGAUAAAUCUGUUCUGCAGCAACUUGUAAGGGAGAAAGUGAUUUCUGAGCUAGAAAAUAAGCUACAUGUGUUUGAGAAUAUUGUGGCAGUGCUCAAUAAAGAGGUGGAGACCUCUAACUUGGAAAUCACAGCCUUUCGGAGACAGAGUGAACUCGAUCAAAAUAUAAUACGAGGCCUUGAACUGAAGAUUGCAGAGUUGCACAGGUCCCUGAUGCAGAAGGAUGCAGGCCUGAGCAGUCUUCAUAAGAGUCUUCUGUUCUCUGAGCAAGCUUCCUAUGAUGGGGUCUUUCUGUGGAAAAUAACAGAUGUUGGCAGGAAGUUACAAGACUCUGUGACUGGAAGAACAGUCAGUUUGUAUUCACCAGCUUUCUACACUGCAAAGUAUGGCUACAAGGUCUGUCUGAGGGUUUAUCUGAAUGGGGAUGGGACAGGAAAAGGAACCCACGUGUCCCUGUUCUUUGUUGUCAUGAGAGGAGACUACGAUGCUCUGCUCCCAUGGCCUUUCAGGCACAAGGUUACAUUUAUGUUGCUUGACCAAAAUAAUAGGGAACAUAUUAUUGAUGCAUUUCGACCAGACUUGACUUCUGCUUCAUUUCAGAGACCAGUGAACGAUAUGAAUGUUGCAAGUGGGUGUCCUAUGUUCCUCCCUUUGUCCAAACUACAGUCACCUAAAUAUGCCUAUGUGAAAGAAGACACGCUUUUCCUUAAAUGCAUUAUAGAAACAAAUUAG